AUGGCAUGUAAUGACAAACAAGGCGUCUUCGAGCCAAUCACCCUCCCCUGCGGACGAACCGUCGCGCUCUACGAACAUCUCGCGCAUCUAUUUGGCGGACCUCCGAAUCGUCACCACUUGUCUCUUUAUUCUCAAUGGGCUGCAUUCGAAUGGGGCAUGGUCAUCACCGGCAACGUCAACAUCUCACCACACCAUCUCACCCUGGCCCGGGAUCUCGUUCUGCCUAGCCAACACGACGCAGCAGGCGCAGAGGCAUUUCGCGCGUUGGCGAAAGUCAUGCGCGGGAACGGCAACCGCCUUGCGAUCAUGCAGCUGAAUCAUGCCGGCCGCCAGUCUCCGAACGUCUUGGGUGGCAGGACACCGUUUGCUCCCCCCUUAGGACCGAGCUCCAUCCGUGUCGGAUCUGAGCACCCUGCCACCACCGACUCCCAACGGAUGCCGACAAAGGGAAUGCUGGCUAGUUUAAUAAACUGGCUGAUGUUCCAGUUCCCACGGGAGAUGUCGCUGGAUGAUAUUGACAAGGUUGUGGAUGAAUUCGUCCGGGGUGCGAAACUUGCAGUGGAUACCGGAUUUGAUGGUGUCGAACUUCACGCUGCUCACGGUUACUUGCUCGCUCAAUUCAUGUCUUCCAAGUCGAACCAGCGAACAGAUAAUUACUCAGCUCAAGGACUCAAACUGCUUCAUCGGAUAGCCGACGGGAUUCGCAUGAGCGUACCCUCCGAUUUCGUGCUCGGGAUCAAGAUCAAUUCUGCCGAUUAUUCGAGCAAUGAAACCACUCUUGUGUUCGAGCACUUUCGCACCAUCGCAAGCUGGGGAUUGUUCGAUUUCAUUGAAAUCAGUGGUGGUGAUUAUGAGAACCCAGACUUUAUCACCUCACGUCUAUCGUCGCGGCAGGCCACAUUUGCGACGUUCUCGCAAUCCGCAAUGCAAAUCGUGGAAGGUCUACCCAAACCUCCGCUGAUUCUGCUGACUGGUGGACUGAACUCGCCGAAUCUCCUCCACUCUGUCCUGUCCUCACAUCACGCACAUCUACUCGGAAUAGGCCGCAGCGCAGUUCUCCGACCAGACAUCCCCGAGAUCCUGCGGGCGUGCUCUGACUGGCAGUCCAAUGAACUGUUCGCACGGGACCCCGAUCUCCAGGCGGGGACACUCCGUCGCGUCUUCGAUCUCCUCCCACCCAUCAAGCUUAUCGGAGCUGGUGUAAAGAUGGCAUGGUAUACCAUUGGCAUGCGACGGCUUGUUGGUCUUCUUCAGGAGUCGAAAUGUAGACUGCGCGGUUUUCCACCUGUGGACUAUUCUGCAGGAGCAUUACGAUCCGUCAUUGUCAUGUGGGCCUGGUUUCAACCCGAGCUCGACGUUAUCGCCCCCAACAUCCAUCGCUUUUGGCUUCGCGUCAUCGCUAUGAUAGCAAUCGGAAUCAUGCUUGCCGCCGCGGUGUCAUUACCGAGCUUUUUGACAUCAUGAACACACCAAUCUCGAUUUCUAUGGUCAACAUGAUCCUCGCAAGAGCUGAUAAAAACCCUGCAGACCACCCGGCCUCUAUCAUCAUUCCACCCCCAACACCUUCCUUUUCCUCGAAAUGCUCUCUGUCCGCUCGUUAAUCGCCGCCUGUCUUUUCCUCCGUACUUUUGCUGCCCCCACUCCCGAGCCCUGGAAGAACGCCCCAACCAAAUGCGACCUGACUGCGGUGGAGAUGAAUCUUCCGGCGAAUCAAACUGCGCUCUUGGCACCCAUGAGGCCUCCCCACUUCGUUGCUCUUGGUCUGGGUUUCCAGAAUUACACCUGCAAUCCUUCCACCUCGGCGUACAGUUCUAUCGGUGCGGUCGCAUUACUGUUCGACAUUUCAUGCAUGGAUAAAGCGCCCGCCUCCACGAGUAUCCAACAGUCCGCUUUUGAUGCCUGGAGCCGCGCAGCACCAACGAUCACGUUGCAAGCCGUCCUAGCUUCGGUUGGGACCAAUGCCCUGCUCGGGUCACACUACUUCGUACCCUCCCCCACCGGCACCGGCAUCUCACCUGAGUGGGACUUUUCCGUCCCGUCGCACAACACAUCUGCCAUCGUGAUCGGAACCAAAGUUGGAGACAUCCCCGCCCCGAACAAUUCGACGGCAAAUGUCGAUUGGCUCGCUGUGAACGGUGUACAAGGCUCGCUCGCGUCCCAGGUUUUCCGGAUCGAUACAGUUGGUGGACAACCUCCCACUUCCUGUGCUGCUGGUUCAGCCAACAUCUCCGUCAAGUACACGGCAAAGUACUUUCUGUAUUGAGAGUAACAUCAGGGCAUAUUAUCUUAAUAGUGUCAUCUAAUCUCUCCAUUUAAUCUGCUUCUCAAAACCUUCUACAACUUGCUUCGACCUUUCCCGCUAUCUGCUUCGUCCCAAUUUGGAUCGCAUUCUAGAAUCGCUUCGGCUCAGCAAACACAUGGCCUACAUCCCGAUCUCUCGAACGACCCAUUGAGUAACGUUGGAUUAAGCAUACCGGGCAGAAACAUGUCUAGGCCUGUGGCAGAUCCGUGACGCCUAGGGCAGGACGGGCACGGAGUUCGGUCUAGAGGAGCUGCGUCGUCAUCAGGUUAGCGACUUGCUGCACGCAAGGUGCCCAGAUCAUUGUCGUGAUGUUGCAGAGGUGCGACGGGCACUUUAUACGAUGCCGCCCACAUUCGGGAGAUGGCGGUGGGGGAUGGCGAUGGCGAGGUGGAUAAACAGACGUGGCUACUUCAACUGCCUAAUUUCGUCAGUCAAGUGAACUGAUUCAGCAUGAAAGGUCAGACCUGCGGAUAGGGAUGGGGGAGCAGCACUCGGAGCACUGUGCUGAGUAGGGAGUUUUCAGCAGGCCCAAAUAGCUCCUCAUCGUUAUGUGAAUAGUUGCAUCAAGCCUGCGUAUUGAAGGUUCUGCGUCGGAAUUCUAGACAGUCCGAUAAGGUCAACGUCGCGCAUUUGAGGUCCAAACUAUCUAGCAUCAGUUCGUUCGAACGGUAUUACUCCAAGGGGCACAAUUUUGCUGCGGCCUCAAACACCGUUAACGCUUUUUGAAUGGGGUCAGGAUAAUUUUCUGCUUGUUUCUCAACUUCAGCACAUAUUGACGGAGGAGAGCCUCACAUCACGCCAGAAUGUGAUCAGUCGCCAGACCGAGUCCAUCACGUGUCGCCCGACGGUGGUGGGUCAACAAUGGGUCAAUACGGUUUGAUAGCGUUGACCAAAGGAUUCUGACUCCUUGAGCCAAU